AUGGAAUGCAUGAAUGCCCUGGCUGAUGCUCUCAAGAACAUAAACACUGGAAAAGGAGGCAGACACCAGAUUCCUACUAGGCUAUGCUCCAAAGUCAUCAUUGGGUUUCUAACUGUGAUGAUGAAGCAUGGUUACAUUGGCAAAUUUGAAAUCACUGAUGAUCACAGAGCUGGGAAAACUGUUGUGAAUCUCACAGGCAAGUUAAACAAGUGUGGAGUGAUAAGGCCCAGAGUUAAUGUGCAACUCGAAGAUCUAGAAAAAUGGCAGACAAAUCUGCUCCCAUCCCUCCAGUUUGGUGUCCUUGUACUGACAAUCUAAGCUGGCAUCACGGACCACAAAGAAAUAAGACAAAAACACACAGGAGGGAAAAUCCUGGGAUUCUUUUUCUAAGAAUGUGAUACAUACUUACAAAUAAAAUGCCUUAGUGGAAAAAAAUAAAAAGAAAAGGGAGCGACAUCAGGAGUGCACACACAGAGAGAAAACGCUGUGAGUACACAGCAAAGAAGGCAGCUGUCUGCAAGACAAAGAGAGAGGCCUCAGCAGAAGCCAAAUCUGCUGACACCUGAUCCUAGAC